GAAUAUGCUCUGACACUGCAGACGUUCUUGCCCGGCUAUGUUGACUUUCCUGAAGAGAAGUUCACAUUCAAUGCUACAGUCGAAAUGAAGCUCAAUGUCACUGAAUCAGUAGACAGAAUCGUACUGAACGUGAGGAAUAUCACAUUCUUUGACAAGGAUUGUGAACUGAAGCUAGAGGAGAGGGUCAUGAUAAAGGCGAUACCUCUUCUGCAAAAAUUUUUUUUUAAUGAAUUUUGUGCGUAUUCAAAAAAAAGAAGAAGCAAAGAAGCAGCUCCUGACACUUGGACAUAA